AGACUGGAUUUCUGUACACGGUCUCCGACGACGAGGCAGUCGCGCGCGUGUGUGUGCUCUAUCUCUGACACAUGUGUACUUGUGGCAGACAUUUACCAUAAUCUCACGAUUUUGCUAAACUUUUCGACUGUAUACCGAGUGAUCAGGGGACGAUCGGCGCUGAUAUGUGGUUGUUACGCUUACAACGUCACAUGGAAGACCUGUAGACGCGACAUGAAGAAGAAAUCUUUGUUGCUUUCUUUUUGGAUAUUUUCGUUUACAGUCGCUUACUCAGAAUGCGUGAACGUACAUUUCGAAAACAAAGACGGAGGCUUCUUCCUGAAACAAUCUCCUCGUCAGCAUUUCAUACCGGCACCGGAACUGAGCGGCACUUCCUCCACCAACGGAUCUCCUCUCUCAACCGAUCGCUUCACGGUGUUCCAAAGCUCGCAGCCAAUCUCAGUUCGCGCAACAUAUGGCCCUUUCAGCACGAAACAGACCGUACCGGCACGGUACGUGGUUCCGGACCCUCUACCUCUCAACACAACAGGCCCCGCCAUCGACCUGCAAGACCUCGCCACCCACCACUUGGACAUGUCGGCUCAUAUCGUUCGGAAUGAAAUCCCUCGAGACUCCCCCGUUCUCCGUGUUUUAUUUCACACGGGAACCGAUCCGGGUGGUCGCAGACAAAUUUUGUUAACACGCCACCACCAACGUGUGUGCAUCGUCCUCCACGCCACUCUGGGAACUAGACCACCCCUCCAUGCGGCUUGCAGUCCCGAUGGCGAGGAUGGGGUGUGUUUGGCGCAAAUUACGAUACCCCCUUCGUGGUGGCCACCUUUACCGAGUCCUGAUAAGGAUGGAAGGCCGGGCAAGAUCACGAAAACGCCCCCAAGAUUGGUUCAAGUGGCGUAUUCGGUGAUGGAGCCGAGGCCUGAAGAUGCGGAAGGAUGUCAUCCCAAAAUGCAAAUACAGCCAUCGACGGUGUUAGGCAGUGUGCCGCUUGUUCCUCCAAAAGGUGCCUACAAGGAGCUGAAACUGACAGAUGCUAUCAUGAUGUUAUUGCCGCAUCCGCCGUUGUUUCCCAAAUCUAGGAUGCACGUCCCGGUUUUCAUUGACAAAGAAAAGGCGAAAAUGCUCACAGCGAUUGUUAUAAGAGGGAGGGUGAAGAGCGGCGUUCGUUUGUUGGAGGCGGCAUCGGCAGGGGAUCCGGCCUGGAACAUGACAGUGGAUAUCAACCCACGACACACCGGCGCUUCGGUAACUCUGGUUCGGAGGGAGCCCCCAGAUGCGGAAGUUAGCAAUUCGGAGGGAGAUGUAACGGAGCUAUUUACGUGGUUGAUCGAGGUGGGUGAGGACGAUUCGGAGCCUUACGAGGGUGCGAGGAUUGUGUGGUCGGCGAAAUUCGAACCUCAUCAAGACGAAACGGAUAAUGGGGAGAUCCAUCGAACGGAAGGCCGAAAAUCCACCACAAGAUUUGACGUUCAAAAAGACGACAUUCAAGCCGUGGUCCCCAUCAGCAAGAACUGGGAAGUACUAAACACUGCGGUUUUAACUGGUCGCCAGGUCUCUCAAGCAAUGAAAGUUUUUAUUGUGUCUCAAGCGGGAAAAGCUGCCGACGUCACGUUCCAAGCGUCGUGUCAUUCGGAAGACGACAGUGUGUUAAAGGUUUCUUCAUCGUGCAGCUCUGUUUACGUCGACGGAAGUGAGGCUCGCGGUUCCGUUAACGGUUCAGUUCUUGUAAAGUACGGCACUUACAUUGGCCUCGCCCGCUUCACUGUCUGGAUGCCUGAAUUCCCCUUGGACCUCCAAGUGACCGAUACAAGGCUAUCUCAACUUAAGUCGUGGCGAGUUCCGGAUUACCACCCCAGCGGUGUUAAAUCCCGUCGGAAGAAGCGUUCCUAUAGCAGUAAUUGGGGAGGUUCUAAUCCCCCUGAUGACUUAGGGAAUGUGGUAGAAAAGCCGAUUUGUCGAUUGAGGUAUCAGCAAAGUCCAGUGGACGUUUAUGCCCACUUCAUGGCCGUAGACCAUGAUUCCGGAAGGAUCAGUUAUUUGAUCAAUAGGAGGACGUGGUUGAGGGUCACGGAUUUGGUCUUGCCCUUAUUGAGAGUGAGUGAUCCCAGAAUCGCAAGUUUACAUGGAAGGAUACUUCAAGGACGAAGCAUGGGCCGAACUGAAGUGCAAGUUCUUAGUCCUAUCACAGGACGUGUCAUUGGAGCCAAAGAAAUAAGAGUUGGGAAUGAUAAAGUGGGAUUAUCGCGACUUUUGGUCCAAGUUGUUUCAGGAUUACAACUAAAUAUCUCACCCGAUAGCUCGAUCGAAAACGGUUACAUCGCCGAGACUAGUGUUACAAGAAAACUAACAGCCCAAUACCAGGAGGGUCUCCUUGACAUAGAGUUGGAAUUUUCUGAUGGUACUAGAACACCACUUAGAGAUAUUGCAGACUCGGAUUACCACCUCGUGGUUGAGAGUUUAGACCCAGAAGUGGUCGCUUUUGCCCCUAUGGUCGCGUCCCAUCAUCCUCGCGUCAUUGCUGUGGGUGAAGGCAACGGAGAUCUGCUACAAGUCACUCUGUUGUUAGCUGAAGAAUGUAGAACUAGUACUAGACCAAAAAUGAAAGGUGCUGGGCCUCUGGCCACUGCCUCUGCUUCAGUCACUGUUGAUUUUAGUUCAAGUGACUUACAACAUAGGCCGGAUAUUUUGCAGAAUGACGGGGGGUCUUAUGGGGGCUCCAAGAGGGAGUUUCAAGACCUCCAGGAUAUUUUAAAAGGCACUCCUUUGAAAGACGACAACUCGCAGGAGCCCAACGUGCAAGCCCGCCAAUACCAAGGUGGCAAAGGGGUGUUUCGCCAGCAUUCCCCCCAACACAUGACACCCCUCGAGAUCAGCAUGUACAUCCUUCUGGGGACGUUCUGUUGUGCUAUUGUGGUUUUCGUCGUAUCUUGCGUAGUCUACGCAUCAAAGUUUAAAGCGGAAGAAGGCGGGAUUGCUCCGGGCGAGCGGGCCGCUCCGGUGGCUCCCGGAAGCCUAGUUGUUCAUCGCAAACCUAGAGAGACCACGACAAACGCCCACGAUUGGGUCUGGUUGGGUCGUGCCACUUUAGACAGUUCGAAUAGAAAUUCCUCAGUUGCGAAUACAAACGGAAACGAAAUGAGAAUAACAGCGAAUCCGCUCAAUUUGAAUUAUUGCGAUCCGGAUGAUUGUCUAGCGACGAGCUUUAGUAAUCCUAGUCAUAUUGAGCUGCCGAGCUCUUCACAGGCUGAUAUUAAUUCGAAUAGGCCAAUCGAUAGCAAUACUUAUUGCAAGAGCAAGAGUGGGGCUAGCAAAAAUGACGACCUACAAGUGUGGAACAAGCCAACACCGCCUCCCCCACUCCCCCCGCACGGAGUGCCUCUCCAGCCGAAGCCCCAGCAACCGGUGGAGGAUUACAGGCCCCCCGUGCCUCCCCAUCGCAACAUUGGAGUAACUUCCGAAGCCACUCCUCCUCGCAAACAUCACCACCACCAUCAUCACAGAAACAGCAAACAUCAAGAUAUGCAUCACCAUGACUACGGAUGGACUGUGAAUGGCUGGUCCAAGGACCAAGAGGAGGAAGAUGAAGAUUUAGUAAUGACGGCGAGUCAGGAACCCAUGAGAAGCGUGUUUGAGUUUGAUGACGAACCUCCAAAAGAAGAAGAAGAGAAAAAGGAAGAAGUGAAGCUGAGGAGUAAGCCUCCGAAAACCGAUGAGGAGGAAGUCCAAUUCGUGCAAUACCCAAAAUCGCCCAAUUCGAACGGAAAUGGGAGGAGUAGUGCGGAGGUGAAACGUGCUACUAUUGUGGGCAACCCCAUGUUUAGUAACUCGGAUCCGACCCCUUCCGGCGACCUGCCUGGUCUAGACGACCUCCAACUGGAUAUGGAUUAUGAUCAAAUCAUGCACUAUUUUGAUAAUUUGAAGGAAUCAAACGCCUGAGUAGAAGAGAUCAUUGCAAAAAUCCGAGACAUUUUAUUGUCGUUCAGUGAACAAUACCGAGCUAGCGCACUCAACGGCAACAUCAGCCCGAACCACGUGAUGAAUAUUAACCAAAGUUUCGAUUAUUUCUUUGACCAUCUGAGUGAGUCGUACGCUUAAUAUACACCUCGAUUAGGGUCAAUUAAGAAUAGAAAGCCUUCGCCUUCUUCUAAUCGUAUCAAUAUGUAUACCCGUACUAAUACAUGCAAUCUGCAAGACUGAAUAUAUAGCUUGUUAUUUAGUUAAACAAUGGUUGUGGCCUAAAUCACUCAUUUACUCAGCUGGAAUUGGUAGUAAUUGGUUUUCUCAAUUUUAGGCCACAACAGUUUGUCUUUAUCUACUUACCUUAUAUAGUAUUAUAUCGAUUCAUGUGUAGGACUUUAGACUACUAAACACAAUAUUGUUUUCCGAGUUUCUAAAUGGGUGCAACAUCGAAACGACUAUGAAAUGUUUGGAGGAGGUUUGCAGUGAUCUGAAAUGUAUGUAAUAAUCUAGUCAAAACUGUUUAGCUUUAUUUAAAGUAUUUUGUACGAAACAAUUGCCAUACUUAAUGUAUAAGCACAAAUAUGGUUCCUGAUGUUACUUUGUGUUCAAAAACACAUUUGAUUUAUUUUUAUUGAAGCGAGACGCUGUUUUCAUUUUUAUUAUUUCACGAAUUCGAAUUGUGUACAGUUUUGUAUAAUUGUGUAUAUAGUAGAUUGUAUAUUACCCAAGAAGGGAUUUUAUGUUGAUAGUAUUAUAUUUUUCAAAGUGUAGUAUGUUUUUUUAAUGCAUGGAUACUCGUUUUAGUGUAAAUAAAUAGACUGCUUUGAAGAGUAUAAGUAAGCUUUAGACGAUUUAUCGGUUCUAGUCCACCUCUACUAAACGCAAAAUUUCAAUGUUUAGGAAGAAUGCUUUCAGACUUAUAGUCCUCUAGCACUAUGAAAAAACUUCUAAGAUAAUCUAGUACAUGUUUCCAGUUUUCGUACGGGUGCUCACAUUAUUUUGAGAUCAUCUUCCAUGACACUACACAGUAUUAUAAGGUUUCUUCUUUGUGUUCAUUCUACCGAGGGUAUAUAUUCUUUUUGCUUAUGAAUGUAUAUAUUAAUAUAAAAAAGUUAUUAUUGUUAAUGGACAUAAAAUGUUAGAACUUCCUUUGAGAAUAUUGUGCUUUCUAAAUAAAAACCUGAAUGUUAAUUAACAUUGUAGUUACGAAACUGUAUUCAAAUUUAGUGCAUUUUAUACAUAACAUUCCCUCCUGCGCUAGAGCUUGUUUUAGGUAUAUAGAAUUUUGUAUAAAACUGAUUUUAGUUUUAUUUAACCAUACCAAAGCCACAAUCGAUUUAAUGAGUGAUUAACAUAUCAGAAAUUGUUUACCCGAACUUCCAAUUUAGUUUCUCACACACUGUUGAUUUCGUUUAGUUGUUAAGCAGAACUGUAUGUCAUCUGUAUUAAUAACUUGGUGUAAAUUGAGACAACUGAUAUAUGUACAAGUACAAUAUGUAAGUUACCAUACAAAUCAGUAAAAUAAAGUAUUUGUAAUUGUG